UCUACUCGUGUAUUGUUAAAAAUAUAAUUUUCUUCGAAAUAAACUCCAAUUACGAUCCAAUUUGCCUUCAAAUGCAAAGGUCGGGCUUUGAACUUGGUCCAGGGAUUUGUCGAGAAUGAACGAGAACUGGUUUGCAAACCCAUUCUGGUUUCGAAAGUGCAGUUCGUAGGCGAAGGAGAAAAAAGGCGAGAUGGAGGAGGAGGAGGAGGAGGAGAGGAAAAAAAGAGAAAGAGAAGGGAGGAAAGAGAGGGUGCGCCCUUCACACAUCACGGCUGCACACGGUGAUUUAUGGUGCGACGAAAAUUAUUGCCGCUGUUAAAAUACCUCGAGGCGUAUUUAUUGACAGACACGCGUUGCCUCCGCGAGACUGUUCGUGAAACGAGGCGGCCCUCGAAACGACAAGACUGCGCUUAAGUCGGCUCUAAACGCCGGCUGUAAAGCCUCCCGGUAGAAACGACACGUAAGGGUGCCAUUUUCGCCAGAAACGGGCCGCGCUCCUUCCAAAUAUGCAACUCUUAAUGGGUUUCGAAUCAGAUGCUUCCGGAUGCUUCCCAGAAGUACAAUUUUUAAAUAUAUAAUAUUUCUUUCCGAAACGGAAAAAUUCGAGGAAGUCGAAUCCGUCCAAUCCAGUUGUAGGAAUUCAAUUUUUUAUCGCCAGACGUAGCCGAGAUCGAACGAAAAGCAAAAAUGGUAUUUGCGCGUAUCGUGAAAGGUUCGAAAUAGAUGUUCUCAGAAAUGGACGAGUCGAAGAGAUUUUCCAUUUUUUCGGGAGGCGAAUGCUUGGCGCCUGGCGAAUCGAAACGUCGCCGCCGGUGGUGGCCGACUAAAAUUAACCUUUCCGGCAACAACCCUUGCGCGCAAACGUACAGAGUAUCGGCCGUGUUAAAUCGCCCGUGCUUGUAAUAUUCGGAGAAGGAUUCGCUACCGGCAAAAAUUGCGUACGUGAGGCAACUGCUUACGACUUGGUUCGUUUCCCUCCCUCUUCCUAUUUAUACUGGUCGCCGCAAUUUGUCCUUCUUAUCAGUGUCUUAUUGUCCCUUUUUAUUAAAUUCCAACCAAGUUUUCCAGUUUUCGUUUCAUCUAUCGUAACCGGUACCAAUCUACGUUGAUGAACAAUUUAAGGAUGAUAGAAUUUUACGACACGUAUAAUUUUUUCUUUUUUCUUUAAUUCUCAAAGGUACGAUUUUUUUAUCGCGUUGUAUCGCGUUCAUCAUUUGAGGCUAUGAUCCCCGCACAAUAAGCUCAAAUUGUAAAACGAAAAAAGGAAGGUUGAAAGUUUAAGGGUUAAGGGGUUAAAGGGCUUCGUCUUGACUCUUCUGGCAACGAAGAAUGUAUAGGUGAAAUUCCGUGGAAUGAAGAUGGAAGGGCAUAAAAGGGUUCUUUCAUGGUCGGUUUUCUGACCGUAGGAACAUAAUAUUUUUUCGUGGGACGUUAGAGGCGCGUGGAUCACCGAGAACCGAGUGCAUUAACAAAAUAACGUAAUAAAAUCUGCCCUCGCGGUCGCUGCUCCCUGUCCCUUCCUCCCCCUCCCGCCCCUUUUCAAGCGAACUCCUUCGCUCUCUCUCCUUCUCUCUCUCUCUCCACCACUGUCACUCUGCUUCCUUUCGCUCAUUUUUCUUUUUCUAGGUGGCCGCUCGUAAAAUCUGAUACAUUGUGCGGCCAGUCGUGAAGUAUUCAUCAUGUCGAGACACACCGAAGGCACGCAAUCGAGGAAACGAAAGGAUUGACCCCGUGGAACGUUCACCAUUUAGCUUCUUCCUUUUUCUUCCUUAACUCCGGGGCAUCGAUUUAUGGGAUACUCGAACCGUCAUUUCCACCGCCCAUGCCUCCGGAACCUCCGCCCAGGAAAUAUGGGAUCUUUGUCACUCGACCUCCUGGCCAACGUCGUCCAACUCCCGCAGUUGCAGCUGCGUCUACACCACCAAAAAUCGGAUUCAAGUAACUAUGCUUCUGUCGAGGCUUCCUCGGAAUCGGCAAUUUAUCAAAAAACGGAAAAAUUGAUCUGGAGUGGUGGAGAUCGCCGACACAAUGAAAGAAGAAGGAAACGAUACGACAAAUUCUGGAACAAUGCCACCUCGUCACGAUUGAAUGUGAAGAAAUUGAACAGUGAAACUCUGAAAAACGUGACACCCCUCACUAAAUCUUUGUUGGGUCUCGUCACUAUUUUCACGAAGGAGAAAUUUUAAAUUUCUGUCGAAAUUUGUCAAAUUUGUGCCAAAUUCGUAUUUUAAAAAAAACGUGU